AUGACAAGCAAUACUCUUUCUUUCAAUGCCCCACAAACCUUCAAUGGUGAAAAUUAUCAAAUUUGGGCAAUUAAGAUGAAGUCUUAUCUUGAGGCUUAUGAUUUGUGGGAAGUUGUAAUGGAAGACAAACCCAUACAACAACUCACUGAAAAAUCUUCUGAUGCUGAAAUCAAACUUCACUCAGAAGAGAAAAUCAAAAAACACAAAGCCAAAAUUGUAAUUCAAAAUUCAGUUGCAGAUUCAAUCUUCUCUAAAAUCAUUGCAUGUGAGACAGCAAAAGAAGCUUGGGAAAAACUUGAGAAGGAAAUCAGGUUGCUUGGUGAGGAUUUUAAAGAUAAUAGAAUAGUUGAAAAGAUUCUUUUAACUAUUCCCGAGAGAUUUGAGUCUAAAAUCUCUGCUUUGGAAGAGUCUAAAGAUCUCUCUACCAUCUCUCUUGUUGAAUUGAUAAGUGCUCUUCAAGCACAAGAACAAAGAAGAGCUUUCAGACAAGAUAAAAUUGUUGAAGGUAUCUUUUAUGCAAACUAUCAAAAAAGAAAAGUUGAUUAUCCUCCUUGCAAGUAUUGCAAAAAGAAAACAUAUUUGGAAAAAUUCUGUUGGUGGAGAUUUGAUGCAAUAUGCGGAAGUUGCAAACAAACAGGUCAUGUUACAAAAGUGUGCAAGUUCAAAGACACUCAAGAUAAAUCACAAGCAUUAUUAGUAGAAGAAGAAUGUGAGGAUGAAUUUUAUUAG